AUGAAUUCUAAUCAGUUUGUCCAUUCAAGUGCUCCCACUCGAAGGGUUCGAACCAUCCAGUUCGGAAUCAUGGGACCAGAUGAAAUCAAAGGCUUCAGUGUCGCCAAGAUCGAACAUCCUGAGACCUACGAGGAGGGUGGCAUCCAUCCCAAAGUGGGUGGCCUAUCGGAUCCGAGAAUGGGAACUAUCGAUCGUAACAUGAAAUGUCAAACCUGUGGUGAAGAUAUGUCGACGUGUCCAGGUCAUUUCGCUCACAUCGAACUCGCUCGUGCGGUCUAUCACGUUGGGUUCCUAAAUCGCGUCAAGAAAAUCCUAGAAUGCGUCUGCGUUCAGUGUUCCAAACUGAAAUCUGAUGUCGUUACCGACCCUGCUCUGGAGCUGAUUGCAAGGCGGAUCAAGGACCCAAAGAAACGAUUUACCGCUGUCCAUCAACUGUGUAGGGGAAAAAACAUUUGUGAAGCCGAUGUGAAUGAUGAUAAGCCCGAGAACCCUGACGAACCAGUCCCCGAUGAUCAACCUAAGGGCCACGGCGGAUGUGGGCAUCUUCAGCCUCAGAUUCGGAAAGAAGGCCUCAAGAUGUUUCUACAGUACACCAAACGAAAGGGCGAGGAAGAUGAGGAAGGUGUUGGUACUUUAGCUGGCACAGAACGGAAGCCACUACCCGCUUCACAAGCUCAAGCGAUCCUACGGCGGAUAUCAGAUGAGGAUUUGCAAAUCCUGGGAUUACAUGCUUCAGAAGCUCGACCAGAGUGGAUGGUUCUCACCGUACUCCCUAUUCCUCCUCCCCCCGUUAGACCAAGUAUCGCUAUGGAUGGUGGCGCAACCCGAGGAGAAGACGAUUUGACUUACAAGCUUGCCGAGGUCAUCAAGGCUAAUCAGGCUGUCCGUAAGUUUGAAAGCGAAGGAGCUCCUGCCCAUGUGAUCACAGAGUUUGAAACUCUUCUGCAGUGGCAUAUCGCAACCUACAUGGACAACGAUCUCCCAGGACAGCCACAAGCUCUUCAGAAGUCCGGUCGACCGAUCAAAUCUCUGAGAGCGCGUCUGAAAGGAAAAGAAGGACGGCUGAGAGGGAACUUGAUGGGAAAACGAGUGGAUUUCUCGGCGCGAACGGUAAUUACAGGUGAUCCGAAUCUUCAGCUCGAUCAGGUUGGUGUACCCUAUUCGAUUGCCAGGAACUUGACCUAUCCAGAGCGAGUUACACCCUAUAAUAUCAGCUAUCUGCAAGAACUCGUCCAAAACGGUCCUACUGAAUAUCCCGGCGCAAGAUAUGUGGUUCGUGAUACAGGAGAUCGGAUCGAUUUGCGCUAUAACAAACGGGCCGACACUUUCCUUCAGUAUGGCUGGAUUGUUGAGCGACAUUUGAAGGAUGGUGAUUAUGUGUUGUUCAAUCGCCAGCCGUCACUACAUAAAAUGAGUAUGAUGUCACAUCGUAUCAAACUAAUGCCCUACUCCACGUUCAGGCUGAAUCUCUCUGUAACUCCGCCAUAUAACGCCGAUUUUGACGGAGACGAGAUGAACUUGCACGUGCCCCAGUCCGAAGAGACCCGAGCAGAGCUAGCUCAGAUUGCCUGGGUACCUCGCAACAUCGUUUCGCCCCAAGCCAACAAGCCAGUGAUGGGAAUCGUUCAAGACACCCUUUGUGGGGUACGGAAGUUUACAUUGCGGGACUGCUUUAUGGAUCGAGACUUUGUUCAGAACAUUCUACUCUGGGUGCCCGGAUGGGAUGGAGUAGUACCACCACCAGCGAUCCUGAAGCCCAAACCACUAUGGACCGGUAAACAAAUCUUAUCAAUGUGCAUACCCAAGGGCAUCAAUCUGCUUCGAGAUGAUGAAAAUCAGACAUCCAUCCCUAUCGCCGACAAGGGUUUGUGGAUCGAGGAUGGAGAAAUCGUCUAUGGGGUGGUAGAUAAAAAGUGUGUGGGUGCUUCUCAGGGAGGACUGAUUCAUGUGAUUUUUCGUGAAAAAGGUCCCCAAGUUACUCGUGGUCUGUUCUCGGGCAUUCAGAUGGUUGUCAACUACUGGUUGCUCCAUCAUGGAUUUAGCAUCGGUAUUGGCGACACUGUCCCUGACAAGGCUACGAUGGAGGCCAUCACCAACUUCAUCUCGGAAGCCAAGAGGGAGGUCUCAGAAACCAUCUCUUUGGCCCAAGAGGACAAACUCCAACCAGAACCUGGGAUGACGAUUCGCGAGUCAUUUGAAGCGAAGGUGAACAGAGCUCUCAACACCGCUCGAGACAAUGCCGGUCGGUCGGCCGAACAGUCUUUGAAGGAUGACAACAACGUCAAGCAGAUGGUCACAGCAGGCUCCAAAGGUUCAUUCAUCAACAUCUCUCAGAUGUCGGCAUGCGUGGGACAACAGUCCGUCGAAGGGAAACGUAUUCCCUAUGGAUUCAAGUAUCGAACCCUGCCCCAUUUUACCAAGGAUGAUUACUCGCCCGAAUCGCGGGGAUUUGUCGAAAACUCUUACUUGCGAGGACUGACUCCGCAAGAGUUCUUUUUCCAUGCUAUGGCAGGUCGAGAAGGAUUGAUUGAUACCGCUGUCAAGACCGCCGAGACCGGUUACAUCCAGCGUCGUCUGUUGAAGGCUCUCGAAGAUGUCAUGGUCACUUAUGAUGGCACAGUUCGGAACUCGUUGGGCGAUAUCGUUCAGUUCGUAUAUGGUGAAGAUGGCGUCGAUGGAGGCACGGUGGAAUACCAAAACUUGGACAGUGCUCGACUGUCAAACGAAAAAUUCGACAGAAAGUUUCGGGUCGAUGUCACCGAUCCCAAGCACGACUACAAACCCGGUGUCCUGCAAGUCGGUCUCAAUGAUAGUUCGUUGGCCCUGCAGAGUAUUCUGGAUGUCGAAUGGAAGCAGUUAUGCGAAGAUCGUGAAACAUUGCGGAAGUUUAUAUUCACGGAUGGGAAUGGCCGCAAACCGUUACCUGUUAACAUUCGACGAAUCAUCCAAAACGCUCAACAGAUCUUCCAUAUCGAUUUCAGGAAACCUAGUGACCUUCCACCUCACGAGAUCAUUCAAAUGGUCAAAGAUCUGUGCGAUCGGCUCAUCGUAGUUCGUGGAGAUGAUGCCCUAAGUCGCGCUGCUCAGGAGAACUGCACGCUACUGUUCCGAAUUUUGUUGCGGUCGAACUUUGCGACUCGAAGGGUGCUGGAAGAGUUCCAUUUGAACCGAGAAGCAUUUGAAUGGGUAUUGGGAGAGAUUGAAGCUAGAUUUAAUCAGUCCUUAGCGGCCCCAGGCGAGAUGUGUGGAACGUUGGCGGCUCAGUCGAUCGGAGAACCUGCGACACAAAUGACCCUCAACACCUUCCAUUAUGCUGGUGUCUCCAGUAAGAAUGUGACGCUCGGGGUCCCUCGACUGAAGGAAAUCAUUAACGUUGCUACCAAUAUCAAAACUCCAUCCUUGACUGUUUAUCUCAACGAGAACAUCGCCAAUGACAUUGAGGCCGCCAAAGAUAUCCAGACUGAGCUUGCUCAUACAACACUAAAAACUGUCACCGCGUCCACUCAAAUUAUCUACGACCCAAAUCCAAAGAGUACGAUUGUCGAAGAGGAUCUGGACUUUGUUGAUGCGUUCUUUGCUGUACCCGAUGAUGAAGUAGAAGCGCAACUUGACCACCAGUCACCGUGGCUACUUCGACUUGAAUUGGAUCGUGCGAAGAUGCUGGAUAAAAAGCUGUCGAUGAAUUUUGUGGCCUCUCGAAUAGCCGAAGUGUUCAAGUCAGAUCUGUUCAUAAUCUGGUCGGAAGAUAAUGCAGAGAAAUUGACGAUUCGAUGUCGAGCGAUGCAAUCCUCAGAGGCUGAUAAGGAUGAUGACGAAGGACAGGUGGAAGAAGAUGUGUUCUUGAGGGAGAUCGAUCAGAUGCUAGGUGGUAUCUCUCUACGUGGUGUCGAAGGUAUCCAGAGAGUCUUCAUGUUACAACAUAACGUCAAUUACAUCAACUCUAGUGGGGAAUUCGAGCGGAAGACUGAAUGGGUUUUAGAGACGGAUGGGAUCAAUCUCAAAGAAGUCCUAUGUGUCGAUGGAGUGGAUCCGAUUCGGACAGUGUCGAAUAACUGUGUCGAGAUCCUGACCGUUCUGGGAGUCGAAGCCGCCCGGGCCUCGUUAUUGAAAGAGUUACGAAAUGUGAUCGAGUUUGAUGGGUCGUAUGUGAACUAUCGCCACCUGGCCUUAUUGUGUGACUUGAUGACGAACCGAGGCUCAUUGAUGGCAAUCACCCGACAUGGGAUUAAUCGGACGGAUACGGGCCCAUUGAUGCGGUGUUCAUUUGAAGAGACGGUGGAGAUCCUGAUGGAUGCAGCGGCAUUGGGAGAGAAGGACCAUUGUACGGGGGUUGCGGAGAAUGUGUUACUUGGCCAGCUUGCGCCGAUGGGCACGGGGGCGUUCGAUGUGGCCCUGGACCUGGAGAUGUUGAAGGAUGUGGUGAUCGACCAUCGUUUGCCAGUCGCAGGCGAGAUCCUGGGCGGCCGGUAUGCCGAUGGCGCCAUGACUCCCGGUGGCGGGAUGACCCCGUAUGCCGAGUUCGGUGACACCAGAAGCCCAACAGCUAGGUUCGAGGACGGCCCGGUGCCCCAUGCGAUGUUCUCGCCUAUCAUCACCGCGGGUGCCGACGACGGGUUUGGUGGAAGUAACGAUAUGUAUGGCGGUUAUGGCGGGCAAUCUCCGUACGGUGCUGGAGGUGGAACUAGUCCCGGUUACUCACCUUCAAGUCCUUCUUAUAACCCUGCUGCGAGUCCUGCUUAUACUCCUACAAGUCCCACCUGGAGCGGCGCUUCCCCUUGGGUCGCUUCUGGUACUUCGCCUGGAUACAGUCCUACUAGUCCUAGAAUGGGCGCUACUAGUCCGAGAUUCUCGCCUGCUUCGCCAAACUUCUCGCCUGCUUCGCCUAACUUUUCACCUACUUCUCCUUCAUUCUCCCCCGCAUCGCCUCGGUUCUCACCAAGCAGCCCGAACUACUCGCCAGCUGGAUUAGCCACAUCACCACGUUAUUCUCCCACAUCCCCAGCGAUGUCACCUUCAUCCCCCAAAUACAGCCCCGCUAGCCCUGCUUUCUCGCCUGCAUCUCCAAAGUAUUCCCCGACCACCCAACGCCUGCUAGUCCGAAGUAUAGUGUAAGCGUCAAGCUGUUAAGAAGGAAUCAUUUUACCUCAAGAACUUUGACUAACUAAUUCAUGUUGAUUACGUAUCGGUCGAUGAAACUUACGAUGAACAGCCUGCUUCGCCGGCUUACAGUCCC